GUGACUCUUCAGACAGAUGAGGUAAAGAAUGUGCCCUGUGGUACAAGUGGUGGAGUGAUGAUCUACUUUGAUAGGAUUGAAGUUGUAAAUAUCUUAAAUGCUGCCAGUGUGUAUGACAUUGUCAAGAACUACACAGCAGACUAUGAUAAAACAUUAAUCUUCAAUAAAGUUCAUCAUGAACUGAAUCAGUUCUGCAGUGCUCACAAUCUUCAUGAAGUCUACAUUAAUUUAUUUGAUCAGAUUGAUGAAAACCUCAGGACAGCACUACAAGGAGACCUUGUUAUCAUGGCACCAGGAUUGUAUGUUCAGGCUGUACGAGUCACAAAACCAAAAAUACCUGAAACUAUCAGAAAAAACUAUGAAUUAAUGGAAGCAGAGAAGACCAAACUUUUAAUUGCAGAACAGAAACAGAAAGUAGUUGAAAAAGAUGCUGAAACUGAUAGAAAGAGAGCUGUGAUUGAGGCUGAAAAAAUAGCUCAAGUCUCCAAAAUUCAGUAUGAUCAAAAGAUCACAGAAAAAGAAUCUUUGAGAAAAAUGUCUGAAAUAGAAGACCGCAUGUAUUUGGCCCGAGAAAAAAUUCGAUCUGAAGCUGAGUUUUUUUCAAAGAAACAAGUUGCUGAAUCAAACAAGCUACUCCUGACCCCAGAAUAUUUGGAACUGAAAAAGUAUGAAGCAAUUGCACAGAACAACAAAGUCUACUUUGGUUCCAAUAUUCCAAAUAUGUUCAUGGAACACUGUCCACAUGCAGGAGAAACCACAAAAAAGCUCAAAAUGUCCAGUCAUUUGGAGAAUUCACAACCUGAAAAGUUGGUACAACCCAUCAUUUAUCCCAGUGGGCAAGAUGAAAAAUCAUCCUUUAACAGUUUAACCAGUGGUUGAAAUUUUAUUCUUCUAUGAAAGGAUAAAAGCAUUUGACUAUUAUUAAUUCAUUUAACAAAAAAAUUUUCUGUCAUCAAAAAUACGGGAUACUGAUAAUUGAAAAUAGUACAUUGAAAAUUUCAGUUGUGUAAUUAUAUUUUUUACAUUCAAAAUAAAACUUGAUUCAUUACUAUACAAUUACUUUCAACUUCAAAGUUUUUUUAUAAUGUUUUAAACUGCUAGUUAAAAGGUCGAAUUUUGAUACUUUGUUUUGGAAUGAUCCCCUUAUUAUGAAACUACUAUUGUCAAUUGUUGUGUGAGUAUGAAGUAAUUGACCUUGUACAUGUGUUUCAAUACCUUCUUAAAAGUUAUUGUGUGAACCUAGUUUGAAACCUGUGCAUAACGAAAUGAAAUUAUUCAAUUCUGAUAUAGGUAAAAAUUUAUACAUAACUGAAUAAUUGUAGUUUAUUAAACAUAGGUUUCAAACUUCACAUACCAACAUAAGAAGUUAAUCACAUUAACUCUAAUCUGAGAAUGACUUAAUUAAUAUUCAGUUGUGGUAUUUUAUACAAGUAAUACUUUGAUUAUUUUAUUGCUGCUUGUCUGUACAAACAAUGUGUCAGGUUACUGCUCCUUCACUUCUGUGGGUGGUUAAAAGGCUCACAUUACUUUGUUUGGCAAAAGUAAAUGACUGGCUUGUAUAAUUUAGUGAAUUAAAACAUUUUUUUACAAUAGUUUUCAAAUCAGCUGUAGAUGAUUCACAGUUAAAUUUUUUGUUCUUCAUUAACAAUAGUAAAUAAAGUAAGGAAAAUAAGCAGUAUGUGAACUUUUUUUUUCUCUUGUGUGAGGCUGAUUCAAAAUUAAUUUGAAUGCAACUAAGUUUUUCACGUCUGCACACACUUUGUUCAAAGCUAGGAUAGUUACAUAAAAUAAAAGGGAAGCUGAGUAAGUAUUAAAAGGAAUGUAAAAAUUUGUUUAGCAACUUGUCAUAACUUUGAAGAAGGAAAUUCUAUUGUGAUUUGAAUAUCUGUUUUGAUUACUUCAAGAUUUGCUAAUAUUUGACUAGAACUAUGGGUAAAAUAUUUAGCAUAUCAUGUGACUGUAUAAAUCAAAUAUUAUAAUAAAAUAAUAGUUUCCAAGAAAUAUGUUGAAUAUAAAUAAUAGUGUCUGAGUGUGUGUGAAAUGAUAUGGUUGGCAAGUUUUUGUUUGUUUGUUGUAAAAGACGGUAAAUUUGCCACAAGUAAAGCUGAAAAAAAAGUCAGAUAUCACCUCUUCUCAAGUUUUUGCUGUGAAUACAGAAUUGUUAUUCCAUAGACACCAAAUGUACAAAUAUAAGUUGCUCAAAAAAAAAGAGAGAAAGAAAUGUCUUGAAAUCUGUUGAAGAUCAGAAUAAACAGUGGUUCUACAAAUAUGUAAAUCAGAUGUUACUUAAAAAUGUUUAGUAGUGUCAGAGUGGUUUAGCAGAAGCCUUGUGUCAAGAAAUUAUUGUAUUUAAAGUGCAUUGUACUACCAACAUAAAAUUAAUUUGAAUGAAAUAGAUAUUAACAGAUUUUGAAUCUUGAUGUUUUUAUCAAAAUAAUAUUAUGUAUGUAUUAAAAUAGAGUGCUAUAAAUCCCUAAUAAGUAUUUAUAUUCAAUACAAAGUGUUAUUAGAUUUUAAAUACUAACUAUGGUUGUGUAAGAUCUACAAUAUCUUGAGAUUUACUUGCUUAGCCAUAAGAAUCUGUCCAGACUACUAUUAAAAACAAAAAACAGAUUAAUGAAUUUGGUGUGGUUUGUAUUGGUUCACAGAUUUUAACUUGAAGGAAAAGUAUUUUUUCUGUUACUUCUUCACAUAAUUAGCUAUUGGGGGAACACUGUUUUCAUUCAUAAAAGUUGAAAUGGACUGGUGGAUAAAUCUAAAGAUUUUUCAUAUUGAAUUAAUACUUUUUUGUAGUCACUUGAAUUCAUUAUAAAAUUUUGGAUGGCAGUAUCAAAAAUAUAUCUUGAUACUUGAAACAAAGGAUUAGUGUUAUUGAAAUUAACUGAAGUUUGAUACUUAACAGUUCAUGUAACCAUUUGUUUCAUCCAGUUAUAUAUAUAUCUUUUUUUUUUAUAUUCAAGCAGCAUUAAUGAGUCUUUGCUUUAAAUAUAAGUAAAAGCUAAAAAAUUUGAUCAUGAGCAAUGGCACAAUUUGUCCAAACAUACCUACAUAAAAGUUUGUAAAACAUACUGUAUUCAUGCUAUGGAGUACUGACAGUUUCAUUAUUUUUGGCUAGAUGAUGAUAUUGAAAGAUGGGACCUCAGAUUUCACAGGAGUUUAUAUUACAGUAUGAUAUGUUGGAUUGAGCCUAAUGAAAAAUGUGACAUAUUUAUAUACAUAUGUUUCUCAGUGCUUUUUUAUCAUGUUGGUAUAGCAGCUAUAAUUGCAAAACAGAUGAUUGAAACCACUCCCAUAAGAACAUUUGUGAAUGUUAGGGAGCUAGUGUGUGCUGUCACUAAACUGAAUAUGAUUAUGUAAGAACAGUGAUGAUUCAAUUAGGAAAAAUUUAGUUUUUUAUUUUUAUAAACAUGCCAUGAUUUAACACUGCCAAUACAUUCCAAAAUAAUCCGAUUUUAACCAAAUUAACAACCUAUCCAACUUAAAUAUGUCUAUAUAUAUGAACAUUAUGUAAAAUGCAAACAGACUUAAUUUUUUAGUUAAAACAACUUAGGAAAAUAUAAAGAGAGUUAAAAACUAAAAAAGUAGUUCAUAUUAAUUUAACGGUACUAGUAAAUGUAACUGAGAUUAUUAUUGUUAUUUUUAACAGUAGGUAGUUGGUAUGAAACUCUUGUCAUGAAUGUACUGUAUGAAUCAAAUAUUUUCAAGUCACACACUAGUCUAGUUACUUCAUAACAGAAUAUUCAGAAAGAUCUCUGUGAAUUUCUGUUGAAUGUAUACAUUUUUAUGUAUGUAUGCAUGUUGUCUCUUUUUAUAAAAUUUCUCCAAUUAAUUUUGCCAGUAAUGUAAAGAGGAAUCAUGGUUGAGGUAUCUAAUAUUAGAUGGGAUUUAUUAGUUGGAUUGGAUUUAUCAGUUUUUAAGUGUGUUUUUUUUUUCUUGUGAUUUAUUAUCAUGUUAAUUCCUGACAAACUAAUAAUGAAAAAAUAAGAAAACAAAAUAUCAUAUCUUCAUUGUAAAUAUUUUAGUUUCCCAAGUAUAAGCUUAAACCCUUUAUAGCCUAGCAUCUUUGGCCUUUUCAAAUCGUAUUUUCCUAUAAAAUUUAAUGAAUUAAGCAAGUUCCUCAUUUAUACAGUUUGCAGCCACCUUAACAGUUCAAGAAUCAUGAGUCUGAGCAGUUAUAUGUUGUGUUUAUUUGAAAACAUAUGAAAAAAAGGCUAAAAGGAGUGUUCCAUUAAAAUUUUAGGUCUAGAUUAUAUAUGUAUUCACUCAUCCCUUGUGCCUUUUUGAAAUACUUAUUGCAUUAAACCAUUUAAAAUAUCAUGUAAUCACAACUUUUUCUUAAGUAUGGCUGCCCUAAUUGAACUGCAAUGUGUUUUGAAGUCACAAAUUCUAAUAGGCUUUGCCAACCAUAACAAAAUGUAUCAUUCAUUUUUAAUUAUAAAGUAUUAAAGAAGGUUGGGAUUUCAAGAAAA